UGUGUCGUUGCUUCCUAUUGACAGAAACUUCUUGAAACAGGUUCACGCAGAGCAGCAGCAGCGCGGAGGGAGCCGACGGUAACAUGUCUGUGCUGCGAGGCGGUGCGUGAGCAGGUAAAGUCAGGAUGAACACGUAUGUGUUGACAUCAGGUUAGAGCGCACGGAUCUACAACUAUGAAUAUAUGACCGCAUAUUUGUGUUGUUAUGAAGUAGGCGUGAAGUUUUUCUUUUUUAUAUAACUUCUUGGUUUAUUUAUUUCGCUUUUUGAGCGUGUGUUUUUUGUUGUUGUAAUAUUUCCGCGUGAGGCUAAAUUAGCGUGAUCAAAAUGAAGUUUAACGGUUAUCUGAAGCUUCGGAUCGGCGAGGCGGUGGGACUCAAACCGACCACCUUCUCCCUCCGCCACUCUGUCAUCUUCAACAAAGCCCCUCCGGCCCUGGACCCCUACAUGGUGGUGAAGGUGGACGACUUCAAAAUUGGACAAACCCUCACCAAACAGAAAAACAACACGCCGACGUUCAACGAGGAGUUCUGCCUCAACGUCAACGACGGGAAACAAAUCGAGAUGGCAGUUUUCCACGACACUCCAAUCGGAUAUGAUGACUUUGUGGCCAACUGCCUUAUUCAGUUUGAGGAUCUCAUCAAAACCUCCAACACAGGAGAAACAUUCGAGGGAUGGAUGGACUUGGAGCCAGAGGGCAAGGUUUACAUUCAUAUUACACUCACUGGAUCCUUCACUGAUGAUGACGCCAUAGUGAAGAACUACAAGCAGUUUACAAGGAAGAGACAGGGGGCCCUAAAACGGAAGAUCCACCAGGUGAACGGACACAAGUUCAUGUCCACUUUCCUCCGUCAGCCCACCUUCUGUUUCCACUGCAAAGAGUUCAUCUGGGGUGUUUUUGGAAAGCAGGGUUACCAGUGCCAAGUGUGCACCUGUGUGGUUCACAAACGAUGCCACCAGCAUGUCGUCACUGUGUGUCCUCGCAUGAAGAACCCAACAAAAGAGCAGCCCAUAAACCAAGGCUUCAGCAUCAACGUCCCUCACAUGUUCAACAUCCACAACUACAAAACGCCCACCUUCUGUGACCACUGUGGCUCCCUGCUGUGGGGAAUAGUCAGGCAGGGGCUGCACUGUAAAAUCUGUAAAAUGGAUGUUCACAUCCGCUGCAAAGGCAACGUCGCUCCGAACUGUGGGGUCAACAGCGUGGAACUGGCCAGUAGGCUGGCAGAGAUGGGUCUGCAGGCUGGAGGACUCUCUAAACGCAACUCAGUGGCCAAAAGUGCAAGUCAGAUGAGUGCCCCCGAUGAAAGGAGGGAGAGUACAGCCACUCAGCAGCAGACUCCUCGACUGUGCCUCUCAGACUUCACGUUCCUUCAAGUCCUCGGCAAGGGCAGUUUUGGCAAGGUGAUGCUGGCGAGACUAAACGGCAAAGAUCAGGUUUUUGCGGUCAAGGUGUUGAAGAAGGACAUCAUUUUGCAGGACGAUGAUGUGGAGUGUACCAUGACGGAAAAGAGGGUGCUGUCACUGGCCCGCUGUCACCCCUACCUCACACAGAUGUUCUGCUGCUUCCAGACGCCGGACCGUCUCUUCUUUGUGAUGGAGUUUGUGAAUGGUGGCGAUCUUAUGUUCCACAUCCAGAAGUCCAGGAAGUUUGAAGAGCCGAGAGCAUGUUUCUACACAGCAGAGAUCACCUCCGCUCUCAUGUUCCUGCACAGCAAAGGCAUCAUCUACAGGGAUCUAAAAUUGGACAAUGUUCUUCUUGACAAAGACGGUCACUGUAAGCUGGCGGACUUUGGCAUGUGCAAAGAGGGCAUAUUUGAAGGCACUGCAACAGCAACUUUCUGUGGGACCCCAGAUUACAUUGCCCCCGAGAUCCUGCAGGAGAUGCUGUAUGGGCCCUCUGUUGAUUGGUGGGCUCUCGGGGUGCUCCUCUAUGAGAUGCUGUCGGGACACGCUCCCUUUGAGGCCGAAAAUGAAGAUGACCUCUUUGAAUCCAUCCUCAAUGAAGACAUUGUUUAUGCGUCUUGGCUCAGCGCAGAGGCAGUGAAUAUACUCAAAGCUCUCUUGACCAAAAACCCGGCCCGGCGUCUGGGCUGUGUGGCCUCAGAGGUUGGAGAGAGCGCUGUGACCAGCCACACCUUCUUCACUGGCAUCGAUUGGGAGAAGCUGAAUCGUAGAGAAAUGGAGCCACCUUUCAAGCCCAGGAUCAAAACACCAGAAGACGUCAACAACUUUGACCCAGAUUUUACUCAGGAAGAGCCCACACUCACGCCCAUCGAUGACCCGCUGAUCCCCUCCAUCAAUCAGGAAGAGUUUCGUGACUUCUCCUACACCUCGCCUGAACUGCAGGAGAGCUAAGGGUCUCCUCGUGGAUCCGCCAAUCAUCCUGCCCUCUUCUCUGUGUCUGUUGCUUUUUCUAAGACAGUUCCCAGUGGUACUUGCAGUAUGGUGCUGUCACAUUCCCCAGAGACAUGACGGUGCAAAAUUGCCAAGGAGUCAGUCAAACACAUGCUCAACGAGAACUGGGGCUGCACCUGAUGAACUCUUAAGCAUUCCUAUAAUUCCCCAAAGAGUGGCAUGUGGUCAUCUUCUCAAAAAUGACAUUUAGUUUUGCCGUUUGGACACAUUCGUUCAAGUGUCUGUGUAGAAAUGGUGUAUUUGACAUGUUGGUAUGUUGUAAACUUGUUUGACAAAGGUGAACAACCUCAGAAUGUUACUGUACAUUUUGCUCUGGAUGAUUUCGCUUCCAGUAACUUCAAAUGAAAGAAGUAUUUUUAUGAGCACAA